CGUUAUCCAAUCGGACUGUACAUAACCUGUCUAUGGAGCGUAUAGGCCAAUGAAAGCGAUAGGUGGGCGUGCGUCGAAAGGUGAAGUGCUUUUUGAGUUUAGUAAAUGACUGCAGUGGGAAAAUACACAGGGACUGUCUCCUUUUCGCUGGGGUUACAUGAGCUAUGGAAGAAGCUCGAAGCGUCGACAACCCGACAAAAAAACCCGGCUUCAUCAUGAGGAUCCAAAAGCCAUGAAAUCUGAAACGAGCUGCGAUUCCCAAACUCUCCCAUACAAUGGGACUUUCUUCCUCCAGCAAUAACAAUCUUCUCUGGGGAAAUAACCACCUAGAAAAUACAAUUACCUGCAGUACAACACCAGCCAGCUGCAGCUUGGUCCCUAUAACUAUGUGUGGCUUGACAGCAAUAGCACUUUCUUUGGGAUUUAAAUGAAAGACAGCAUCGAAGAAUUUAUGUACGAGCGCUCACACGAGCAAGUUCUGUACAUCAAGGAUUCGGGUAAUGUUAAGCAUAUGCAGCGCAGCCGGUAAAAUUGACAUUGCAACGCAGCAUAGUUGGCAGUAAAAAAAAAUCAAUGAAGGAGAAUUCACAGCACCCCUUCGCAAGUAAUCCUGAAGAAUCAGAACAGGGGAAUGCACAGAAUAAAACUCGGAAAAUUAGAGGUUUUAACGUGUGCUUUGCCGAAAGUAUUGAAGCCAUUACAGCACGAAGAGGGUACAUUAAAACGACUAUUGUCUCUGUCCAUGGUUCUGAAAGGAGCUCUUUUAAAUAAGGUUAUUCAAAUCAAUGUACAGAGUUCUGAGUAGGUGGUCCCGGAACUUUGUAAUCUACUCAGUUUUGAUUCUGAAAACCUGGGAUAACCUUUGGGAAUCUGCAAAAAAUAUAUAACACAAAAUAUUAGAAGAGUCUACACGGAAAUUCUCCAGACAGUGCGACAGUAACUCCUUUUAUUCUUCCAAAACCGGCAAAAAUGUACCGACUAAACGCACUUGGGAUCUAUCUGUGGGAAACUAUAGUAUUUUUCAGUUUAGCAGCCUCCAAAGAAGCUGCUGCAAGAAAAGCUUCCACACCAAUGCCUCCUUCUGAAUUCUUGGAUAAACUCAUGGGGAAAGUGUCAGGGUAUGAUGCAAGAAUCAGGCCCAAUUUUAAAGACCCACAGAGUUCCAAAUCGGAAGCUUCUCACAAGAAAGGUCCCCCUGUAAAUGUUACAUGCAACAUCUUUAUCAACAGUUUUGGUUCCAUCGCUGAAACGACCAUGGAUUACAGAGUCAAUAUUUUCCUGAGACAGCAGUGGAAUGAUCCCCGGUUGGCUUACAGCGAAUAUCCUGAUGAUUCUUUGGAUCUGGACCCGUCUAUGUUGGAUUCCAUUUGGAAACCAGAUUUGUUUUUCGCCAAUGAAAAGGGAGCCAAUUUCCAUGAAGUUACAACAGACAACAAGCUACUCCGAAUCUCAAAAAAUGGAAACGUGCUUUAUAGUAUCAGAAUAACACUGAUCCUUGCCUGCCCCAUGGACUUGAAGAAUUUCCCCAUGGAUGUGCAGACCUGUAUCAUGCAGCUGGAGAGCUUUGGAUACACUAUGAAUGAUCUAAUCUUUGAAUGGGAUGAGAAGGGAGCGGUGCAGGUUGCAGACGGGCUGACUUUACCUCAGUUUAUUUUGAAAGAAGAAAAAGACUUGCGAGACUGCACCAAGCACUACAACACAGGGAAGUUCACUUGCAUUGAGGCGCGUUUCCAUCUAGAGAGGCAAAUGGGCUACUACCUGAUUCAGAUGUACAUCCCCAGUCUCCUGAUUGUCAUCCUGUCCUGGGUAUCCUUCUGGAUUAAUAUGGAUGCUGCUCCAGCUCGCGUCGGCCUUGGUAUCACCACUGUCCUCACUAUGACCACUCAGAGCUCCGGCUCCAGGGCUUCUCUGCCUAAGGUGUCUUAUGUGAAAGCCAUCGACAUCUGGAUGGCAGUGUGCCUGCUUUUUGUGUUCUCUGCCCUGCUGGAAUACGCUGCUGUGAAUUUUAUUGCACGGCAACACAAGGAGCUGCUGCGUUUCCGAAGGAGGAGAAGGCACCACAAGAUUGAAUAUUCGGCUGUGUUGCAGGAGGAUGAAGCUGGGGAAGGCCGCUUCAGUUUCGCUGCCUAUGGUAUGGGCCCAGCGUGCCUGCAAGCGAAGGACGGCAUCUCCAUCAAAGGCAACAACAACAACGCCCCUGCUUCGGCCAACCCCCCCGAGAAGACGAUCGAGGAAAUGCGCAAGCUUUUCAUCAGUCGCGCCAAGCGAAUUGACACGGUUUCCCGCGUAGCCUUCCCCCUGGUAUUCCUCAUUUUUAACAUUUUCUACUGGAUCAUCUACAAGAUCAUUCGCAGCGAGGACGUCCACAAGCAGUAGAAACCUCUUCCCGCGGUCAACGGAGAGAAUGCUUUUGACGGCGGCGGAGCUGGCGAGGAAGUUCAAAAUAUUUAUCAAUUUAACUUUUUUUUUUUGUUUGUUUGUUUCUCCUGGAUACAUCCGGACCUGUGCAAUAGCAAUGCAGUAAAAUGCAUGAAAUAUGAAUGUGGCAAUAUAUUUACAGAAAAAAAAGAAAAAAUGAAAAAAAGACCUUGCAAAUAUAAGACUUCUAACUGACAAAUCAGAGGACUUCAAUAUGGAGGAAGCAAAAUGUUGCAAAGGGAAGGCUCUUCCAAGACACUUGCGACCGCAAGGAAAAAAAACCUGCAAACCCAGAAUUAAAGGGCAAAAACUACAGCUCUGUAAUAUAUUAUAUAUCUAUUCAGAAAAAUCCAAACUAUUAUUUCUUCGACGCUAGGCUACUGGAUUUAGGCAUUUUAAAGAGCGGUUUGGUGCUUCCAGCAAUGAAAAGAUACAAAGUAUGAAAGACUGGUUACCCCAUACAGUAUAUGGAAAUUUGCUUUGUUGUUUCAAAUUAUUGGUACUUGUAAAUGCGUCCCUCGAUUGCUGGCUAGGAGCCAGGAAGAAUGCCUGAGGCUUCUAAUGAACACCAAGGAGAGUAAUGGAGGCUUGACAAAGGUGGAUCAAAGAUAUGGCAUAUUUUGAGAUACUGGAAAUGGAAAAUGCUUCUUUUUCCAUUCUCACUGUUGUUUCAUUUUCUUUUUACAUUAAAUCCUGUGCCAGUUCUUUGCCAUGAUGAAAUAUGCCAGGACGAAACCAAAUUUAGAGUUAAGGAUGUAUAAACAACUAGGAUUGGAUAAAUUGUAUACAGGACAAACCAAUUUACUUGUAGUUAAUACUUAUUUCAUAAGCAUUAUGCUGUACAGAUCUAAGUUCACAUAAUACAGAAAUUAUAUUUGUAUAGUUUUCUUAACAAAAUAAACCCAGCUAACACAUCUGCAGCAAUGAUUUCAAAUUAGAGGUAUUCACAUAUUUGUGUUUGUACAUGAUUGACA